AUGACCUCCCUUCUCACUGACACCAUCCAUUCCCAUCUUAACGUUAAGGAAGGCGAUCAGGGUCUAACUAUUCCCCUUCCCUCCUCCUCUAAACGCCCCAAAAUCACCUCUAUCGAUCUAUGGCUCGAUGCCUUUGCCAUAUAUUUCGCCGUUAUAGUGUCUGUAUAUCCCUCUCGUGCCGCGGAUUUAAUAGCUUAUCAACAGCUGAUUCGCGAUGCGGCACGAAAGUUCCCUGGGAUGGCCUGGUAUGUCUAUGAUGUGGAAUUCCGAAGGCGUGCCUCCCAUAACCUUUCUGCCAAGUGGGGGGAACGGGACUUCCAGCUCUACCUCGAUACCUUCACAGGCCUCCCCAAAUCGGGAUGCCGAUCUUGCGGCAGCACCGAUCACCUCUCUGAUACCUGCCCUUUAUCUCCUCGUAGGUACCGGGAUGCCCUUACCCAAUCCGACCUGUGCUACAACUUUAACAAAGGCCGACCCUGUGCUCGCACCCCAUGCCCUUACCAACACAGGUGUAACAAGCCGGAAUGCUCAGCAGCUCACUCUGGGGAAGAUCACACUAAACUCACCCGCCACAGAGAGGACAGACUUAAAUCGUCUUCAAACCCUGGCAAUUCCUCCCGAGGACACUCCUAAUUACCUCUCCCAACUGACCCCUCCCACUCCCAUUGACAUCAGCAAAUUUGCAUCCUACCUUCAGGGCCAUCCAGAUCACACAACAGUUAAUCAUCUUCUCACAGGGUUUUGUCAGGGCUUUAAGAUCGGCUAUUCAGGUCCAAGGGCCCCCAAGGAAUAUUCUAACCUUCCCUGUGCAAAUAUCAACCCAUCUAUUAUUGACAAAAACAUGCUAAAAGAGGUCACCCUGGGCCACACAGCAGGGCCUUUUCACGUCCCCCCUUCUCCAACCUGCAGGUAUACCCCAUUGGGGUCAUUCCCAAGAAACACUCUUCGGAAUGGCGUACCAUUUUCCAUC